ACCCCGCUAGCCGAGCCGAGCAGUCGCAAAAAUUCCGUCGUCUAACCAGCAUCGCUCGCAUAUACCUUUUUCACCCUCUGAACCGCAUCGAGGCUUCCGUCAGCUGCAAUAUUCUAGUACACGUUGUCCCAAAAGCUCGGCCGGUCGGUCCCUCGCUGUCUCCUGCUUGUUUCAGACCGUUCGCGAGUUUGUGUGUGGGUGAAAUUUUUCUUUACGUUCAUCGUGGAGAGACACCGAGGAUCGAAGCUUGCUGCUACUGCUGAUGCUGCUGCUAUGAGUUGGGAGAACUGUGCUUUUUGCAUCCGGCGUCGUGAGUGACAGGAAGGAGGGAAUUAUUCAAAUCAAAGUAAACACAGAGUUAUUUGUUCUUCGCAAAUCUUCUCCAUCGGACGUGAUUAUUCGUGUCAGUGUUACAGUGAUCAAAUCAAAGCCGAAUUCUCAAUUCCGAGUACCUUUAUGUUACGUCGGACCGUCGAUUUGAUAAUCGAAAGUGAAUCAAGUUGGUGUUUUCGUUCCGAUCUUAGACAGGAAAUCGCUCACCAAGAAAAGCGAGACUGUUUGACCUCGACAUAACCUUUCACGGCGACAUCGUGGGCGAGAUCUCGGACCUCGUGUUCCGGCAUAAGAAGAGAAGUACCGGAAGUCGUCCGCGGAAGGAGCCAGGAGAGUGCCGAAUAAAUGACGUGAAACCGAAGAGAACGGAAGCGACGUUUCGCUAACUCACAAUUCCUCCCCUUCCCAUUGCCCAACCUUGACAUCGCCUGUACAGCUUUGUCGCCCGCAUUUGCAUUCUUUAUCUCUUUUUCUCUCUUGCACUCUCUCUUUCUCUCUCACUCUCAGCAAUUUCCCUUCCGUCCGCUCCCUUCCGGAAUCAGUGGAACAAUCCUGGAUAUCACGCUUACCUGAAUCCCUGCUAGAAGGUGCAAAACUAAGAAGUAAAAAAGUUUCUAGAAAAGCACUCGACGCUUCAUUUAGCUCUGAAAGCUUUGGCUUACGAUCUAGCGACUCGAGUGAAACCCGAAAGUCUAGUAAGAAACGAAGAAGUCUGCCUGGAACCUUCACUGAAGACUCGAAGAGAAUUUACCAAUAGGGUGCCAAUUGACGAUAACGCGAACUCAUAAAAUCCCGAUAGCCGGAUCACUAUCGAAUAAUCCAAGACGCAGUCCAAUCAGUCACGCACCAAACAGUCACCCUGAGUCUCUUUGAGUUCUCAAGUUCUCUAACUGAGAAAAGAGUCGACGAUAAAGUCUUCAAGAGCAGUCUUCUUCCUCGUCGCCACCGCCGCGAGUGGUAACAAGACGCCGACGACGCAAAGUGAAAACAACAACAACAACAACAACAACAACAAUAGAAAUAUCAAAAAGAAGUAGAAGAACAACAACUGAUUGGGGAGAACCCGAAUUGAUACUCUUGAGUCAACUUGAAGAUGGCAAUGGUUAAUAUGAACAACCUUCUCAACGGCAAGGAUUCCCGAUGGCUCCAGCUGGAAGUCUGCAGAGAAUUUCAACGCAACAAGUGCACUCGACCGGACACGGAAUGCAAGUUUGCGCAUCCACCAGCAAAUGUGGAGGUGCAGAAUGGACGGGUCACAGCUUGCUACGACAGUAUCAAGGGACGAUGUAAUCGGGAAAAGCCUCCCUGCAAGUACUUCCAUCCUCCACAGCAUUUGAAAGACCAGCUGCUGAUAAAUGGUCGGAAUCAUCUGGCGCUGAAGAAUGCCCUAAUGCAACAAAUGGGGCUAACUCCGGGCCAAACCCUUGUACCUGGUCAGGUGCCCACAGUGGAGUCCCCAGCUCCUACGCCACCACACCAUCACCUUCAACAGCAAAUCCAGCAGCAACUACUCGCUACCCACGCCUUUAUGGCGACCAAUCCGUACCUGACAGGCAUGCCGCAGGUGGGCAACACAUACAGUCCGUACUUCGCGCCCAGUCCGAUAAUGCCGGCGAUAAUGGGGCCGGCGGACCCCACGGGAGUGGGGAGUCCCCUCGGAGUGGUGCAGCAGACGGUGGCGAUGCCGCAGAAGAUGCCGCGAACAGAUCGCCUCGAGGUAUGUCGCGAGUUUCAACGCGGGGCGUGCAAACGCGGCGAGACGGAGUGCCGGUUUGCGCACCCCCUCGAGACGGUGCAGGCGAACGAGGACGGCUCUGUGACGGUCUGCAUGGACGCUGUCAAGGGCCGAUGCAAUCGGGACCCCUGCCGCUAUUUCCACCCCCCUCUGCACCUUCAAGCCCACAUUAAGGCCACACAAUCUCGGGCUAGCAUUGCGACCACAGCAAUGCCGAAUAGUGUGCCUGGACUUGGCGUCAUGGGCGGUGGUGUGCCGGCUUCUGCGGUGCCCGGAGGACUCCAGAACGCCAAUAUGGCGGGCAUCGAGCUCGGCAAGAAACGGAUGCGCGACUCCAAUGAUGAUCUGCUAAUGAUGGACAUGAAGUCUGUCGGGUCGUUCUACUACGAGAACUUUGCCUUCCCAGGAAUGGUUCCGUACAAACGUCCCGCGGGCGACAAGUCCGGCGUGCCGGUUUAUCAGCCAACCGGUGCGACGACCUAUCAGCAGUUAAUGCAGCUCCAGCAGCCCUUCGUGCCUGUGUCAUGUGAGUACACUGGAACGCCACCCCUACCCGCCCAAUCCUCAAAUCAUCAGUCGGUUCAAAACACAAUACAGUCCCAAGGAGCGGCGGUGAACGCUGACACCAAUGGUCACGGGCUCCUACUGGAUCCCAACAAUCCGCCUCCGCCGCCGCCCGCGGCUUCCAGCGGCGACAAACAAUUAGCCGCUAAUCACGACACUGACAACACCCAGAACUCUCCCGAAUUGAAUCACGCGACUUCGCCUCAAAUGAACCAUCAAUUGGCUCUUCCCCCUCCUUCAAUGAGUCCCAUGACCUCGAUGGCCAUGACCUCAAUGCCCAAUGUGGUCUCAAUGAACCCGAUGGUGUCCAUGGCGUCCAUGGCAAACAUGGCCAACAUGACAUCUAUGGCCAACUACACCAUGGCCAACAUGGCCAACAUCAAUGUUCUGAGCUCCUUGGGAAUGGGGCCCUGUCUUUCCUUAGAUCCAGCCGCUAUCGCGAAGGAAGUUGCGCAGAAGAAUUACGCUAAGGCGAUAAAACUUUCUCAGGCUUCCCAGUCCUACGCCAUGAAUCAUCCACUCAACGCUUUAAAUUACACUGGCGUAUCUCUCAAUAAACAGGCCCUCUCGGUCGGUAAUCCGCACGGCGCGAUACCUGGCACCGCUGCACCUAGACAAGUCAUGUCUGGCCUUGCUGGUAUCCACGGUGGUGGACUCACCUCCCAUCAACUCCACCAGGCUGGACUACUGGCUUAUCCCAGACAACCAUCCAACGCUACCUUCAAUCCCUACUCCCUCAUCAGACAACAGAUGCUGCCCUCCUCACAUCCUUACAUGCAAACAUCCCUUCAAGGAGUCCCCACAGCCUCUGUCCAUUCAGCCUAUCUGCAAAAUCCUUACGCGACGAUGCUCCCAGGUGUCGCUGGUGUGCAAGGUGUCGCGUCACAAAUGCAGGGAUUGCCCCAAUUACCGACUGCUAGUCCUGCGACGAUAGCGGCCCAACCUCAGGUAGCAAUGCCUAACAGCAGCGGUGUCAUUAUGCAACCCUACAAAAAGAUGAAGACUACUUAAGUUCCUGGGUUCUAGUGACAAGGGUUUUUCAAUUUUAUCAUCCUUUUACAAAAAUCCCGGAGAACCGGUUUCUUUGAAUAUCGUGCCACGCUUUGUGUACUGUGCUCGGAUUUUUUUGAAUAGAUGAUAAGGUUCGAUGAACAAGACUUUUUACCUGGAAGGAUUUUUAAAAUAAGGUUCCCUCCCUCGCGAAGGAUUAACAGACCUCAUCGGCCUAAGGCGUUCUCGAUUUGUUCUCAUUGACCUAACUGAAAGAAUAAUUUCAGACUUUCGAAUAUUUUCGGAUAGAGUAGAUAUCGUGACACCGUCGAUCGGUUGGAUCGGUAUCCGGUUCGUUGUGAAUCAUUGAGUUUAUGGUGAUAAUGGUUAAGGUUCGCGAGCGACGUUAAAACUACAAAGUUCCAGAAAUAGAUUCGUGUUCUAGUCAGACAUUGUCGGUAAACAGUGCCUUAUCGACCCGAUACCGCGCAUCCCUUUUUCAGGAUUACUCAUGGCUGAAGUCUUUUUAGCGACGUUUCGAUUCCUUUCAUGAUCGUUUUACGACGUUUGCGCUUUUGUGAACGUCCGAGUUUUUGAUAAUCUUUUUAUCAAACUGUGUUAAGGGGUUUUAAUGUUUCAAGACUGCGAGGUUUCCACUGGAAUCGGACCUUUUAACUAUUUGACUACUUGACGCGAUUGAUCGAGCGAUUCACUUUUUAAUCACUCGACUGACACGCUUCGAAUUUCGACUUUUACACCAAUUUUCCAGUGGUCUUCAGUCCGGAUUUCGCGUUUCGCGGGUUCGACGCAGAUAGAAAUAUUUUUAUUAAAGUUGUUAUCAUUUUAAUGCGAAAUUUUCAGUUUAGUUUGCCGUCUUUGGAAGCGCACGCGGCAUUCUACGUGUUGAUAUUUUAGUCGUUCGAGUUUUAUCUUUUAACGUCUCGUCCAGUUGCGACGUGUAUGAUUCUGAUUACAGCAAUUAUUUUCGAAAGGCGCACCUUGCCCGACGUGAAAAUCUAAUUUUCCCGUCAGAUAAUAUUAAUUUAGUUUUUAGCAGAUUUUAAAUAUAUAUUAGUUAGCUCGACGCGCGUUGCCCUUAAUCGAUUCAAUUCGGGAAAGUUCGAUAGCACGGUGAACUGCGUAAAACGUCAAGUUUCAACAGCACUUAGCCGAAACGAUUCGAUAAAUAUUAGAUAAAUCGUAAAAAGUAGAGAUGACGUAAGUGCGAGUUCACUUGUAUUUCCUAAUCCACACAAACAUACAAAUAUCCUUCAAAACAAAAAGGAGCGUUUCGGUGUAACGUAUUUUUCACAAGUUCACACUAAACGCCCCUGAAGAAGGAAAUUCAGGGAUUGAAGUAUGCAAGGGAGAAUUUGGAAAAUGAAUAGAGAAUCAAUGUUGUCGUUGUUCGUUAUGAUUAUGAUUAUGAUUAUUACUUACAUUAUUGCAUAUGCAACAAACACUUGCCAGUGAUUUGAACGGUCUAGAUUUGGCGUAUAUAUAUAAUAUAUAUGUAUAUGUACAUAUUUUCCUUUUAAGAAAGAUGUCGAGAUAAUAUAAAUUCGUACUAUAUUACAAUUUACACAAAAAAACACACACACGCACAUUUAAACAAUUAUACACAUUUAUACGUUCAUCCUCCCGUAUGAUAACCGAAUAGAGGCAAGAGAGAGGAAACGUGUCGACGUAGAUUUUACGUAGGAUUUCACAUUGUAUCAUGAUGUAUAGGUUAGAGCUGUACGACGGUCAUAUUUUGAAAGAACUCCAGGAAAUAACGGCACACUUUCCAGCACGGCUUGUUCAGAAACAUUCUCUGGGGAGAAAAUCUUUUUAAUUCAAAUACGGAGCGUAUGCUUUAUUCCCUGAAGGGCUUCGAUUCCGGCCGAGAUGAAAAAAGUGAAACUCCGACGGGAAAGUACCGCACAAAACUUGAUAAUAGAUUUGCGAACACAUGCAGCAGUCUUCCAAUGGCGAAAGAGAAGGUCCCUAAUUAUUUUUUCAUUACUCAAAGGCAAUCGCUUUUUUCAUCUCGCCUGGAAAGUUCAAGAACCGUCAAUGUGAUAGUAUACGUAGUAUGUAACACAGCAUAAAGUCCUAAGUAAUUAUGCACGCGUACAUUAUAUUAAACACAGAAACAAAUCUAAGUUUUGCAUAAGUUCUACGCGUGUGAUUCUUAGAAAUGAAGAAUUCAUGGCCUCUUGCUGCUAAACUGUUACUAAAGUGAAAAACCCUUUGUAUUGCAAUUCACUGAUAAAGACAAGUCACGAGAUGUGCGUCGCUGAUUCGAAUGGGGAUGCACAUCAAAAUCUAUUACGUGCGUAUUUGACCAAAAGGAAAAAAUACGCAUCUGACCGAUUUUCAUGUAAUUUCACUCUGUGAAGUUUUAGUUGAAUCAGCGACGCACAUCUCGCGAUGUGCGUCGCUCUCUUUUUGAGAAAAAUGUUUCUAUUCAAACAAAUUUAUUGUGACUUUUAGAAAACAUGAAGGGUUUCUUCAUAAAAGUUAGAAAAAACACGAGAGGGUUAGCUCUGGUCAAACAAAAGCCCAAGAUUUUUUUUUGCUCUCGAAAUUAAGGCUUUAAAUACUGUACAAAAGAGAGUUUAAACAGAGAAUUUAUUUUUUAUUGUUUUUCUAGAUUAGUGAAUUGUAACGGUUCCAAAUUGCAAUAAAUAUUGUGUUUUAAAUUCUUAAUAUAGAUUGACUUCUAAAUGUUUUUGUAUUUUCAAUUCUCCUGUUAGAAUUUUUUUUUUUUUUGAGUCGAGAGAAGAAAAAAUGUUUGGGCUGAGGGGACCAGGACUAAUAAAUAGCGGAAGUGCCUUCCCUUGCACUGACACACCACUGCACACAUUCGUGUUAUACACGAACAUGAUAAUCCUAUCACACGAGGAGAAUACUUAUAAAUAUAUAUACAUAUAUAUGAUGCAUAUUAUAAUUACAAUUACAUUUAUAUAAACAUACAUAUAGUAUAUAUAUAUAUAUAUAUAUAUAUCUAAUUUAUAUACACAUAUAAAAACAUACACGUAAAAUACAAUGCAAUAUAAUUGAGAGGUUGCAUAAAAAUUGUGUGCAACGAAACGCGUACUUUAUUAAAAAUACCUAUAUAUAAAUAUAUAUAUUGUAUACAAAUAGUGGUGUAACCUGAUUCAUAAAAUAUAUAUAUUGAGUAUAUAUAGGUAUAGAAGGCCUCUGCGAAGGAAAUUUCAAAGGAAAGUGAAGUAGUCAAAGACCUCAACAUUCAUGCAGGCCUCGCUAUUAUACAGAUAUAAUAUACAUAUACACGCAUUUCUACUGGGUGCUUGCCUUCCAAAAUAUUUUACAAUUGUAUAUUUAUAAAUUUUUUGUAUUUUGUCCAUUUUCGUCUAAAUAUUAUUGUUAAUUUAUUUUAUAAUUGAAUAUAAUGUAAGGUUUUUAAAGAAAUAAUUUCAAUGUUCAGUCACUUUUUGAAUAAAUUCUUGAUUAUUUUCAUUAUUUAUGUGUGUUAUUAUGCAAGAGGGAGGUAGCAGAAUUUUUGAAACCAAAAAGGGAAUGUGUAAUACUUAAAGAUCCCUGGUUUGAAUAUUUUUACAUUGUUAUUAGUCGUUUCAAAUUGAAGUAUUUAAUAACUGACGUCUACUUUAGAGAAAAAUUAUUUUGAAAUGGAAGACGAGUGUUGUAAGUCUUGUAAGUGAAAGAAAGUAAAACUUUCUAUAAAAAAAAAAAUUGUCAAAUUAAUAUGUUGUUUGUUAUUUGAGAGUUUAAAGUAAUUCCUUGAAAUUCGUGCAAUUCAACUAAAAAUAUACAAAACAAAUUAUUUCAUUAUUUUUCUCAGAUUACUUUAGAAAUUAGAGUUACUUAAUUAAUUAGAAAACAUUUAGGAUCCUAAAAGUUUUUUGCAUUUUUUUUCUUAGGAAAUGUGCUUUUAGACAAAAAAAAUGACAAUUCGGAAGGUAGAGCACCCCGUAGAGUGAAGUUAGACGUGGAUACAGAUAGUAUUUAUUAUUGUGUAAUCUACUAUCAACAAUUAUUUCGUGUACGUAAUGAUUAAUUAAAAAAAAAAAAAAGCGCGCGCGUCCACACAAGAAAAACACCAACACGUACACGGACUUAUGCAUAUAUGUAUAAUAUCUAUAUACUAUAUAUACAUCUCGAAUACGCUAUAUUCGUGCGUCCCCGGGAAUGCAAAUGCAAAGCUUCGCGCAUUCGUGCCGAUUUAACCCGCAAAUUACAUCACCUUGUAUUAAUUAGGUGCGCACGUAGCCCAUUGGCUUAGUAACGAAAAUCGUUGUACAUUAGUCUUACGAGAUUUUGUAGGUCUCUGUGACUGACCUUUUCUAGUAGAUUAUCUACUAUGAGAGACGAGGUCGAAUGCGAUUUUGCGCAUGCACGCUCGCGGGGUUUUGUCAGGAGUCAGCCAGUAUUUGUAAUAAUAAUGCUUGAGAAAUGCAUGAAUAUUUGUUUUAUUAA